AUAAAAAUAAAUUUUUACAAUUAUAGUUACAUAGUAAAUAUGAAUAUUGAUAAAAAUAUUGUGAGCAUCUUAAAUUCUGUUUUUGGUUAUGAAAAUUUUAAAAACAAUGUUCAGAAGAAAGCUAUUAUUACUAUUUGCAAAGGUUUUAAAAAUAUAUUUAUAUCAAUGCCUCCUGGAUUUGGUAGAUCUCUUUGUUUUCAAUUACCAGUUCUUUUAUAUAAGAAUAAAAUUGGAAUUAUCUUUUCUCCAAAAUUAUCUUUUAUUAAGAAAGAAAUAGAAUUUUUAAGAAGUAAACAGAUUAAUGCUGUUUUUUUAAGUAAAAAAUCAAAAACAAAUGAAAGAGAUAAUAUUUUAAAUGAUUUAGCAUCAAAAUGUCCAACGAUAUCAUUAUUAUAUGCAACUCCUGAAAUGGGGACAAUGACAUAUUUUAUGCAACUUAUACUUUCAUUGAAAGAACGUACAAUAUUAUCUUAUAUUGUAUUCAAUGAAGUACAUUGUAUAAGUGAAUGGGGAUAUGAAUAUAUACCUUCUUAUGCAAAAAUUGUUAAAAUUCAUGAAAUAUAUAAACAUAUUCCAAAAAUUCUAGUAACUACAACUGUUACUUAUAAGGUAAUUGAAGAUAUUUGUAAACUAUUACCAUUAGAAACUCCAAAAAUUUUUAGAAUGCCUGUACAACAAAUCAAUAUACUUUAUGAUGUCUGGUUUUUAGAUAUAAUUUCUCAUCCAUUUGAUCAUCUUAGAAAAUUUUUUGUACAAGCCUUUGGUUUCUUAGAUUUAUCUUCUCAGGAGAUACAUAAAAAAUUUGGCGUUAUUUACUGUAGAGAUAUAAUUACUGCAGAAUUGUUAAAAAAAGAAUUAAAUACUUUAGGCAUAUCUUCACUUACUUAUCACCAUAAAUUAAAUAAUAAUACAAAAUAUAACAUUGAAAAUAAUUGGAUAUCUGGAAAAGUUCAUGUUAUCAUUACGACAUAUGAUUAUGGAUUUAUUCACAAGAAAUCAAUUAGAUGUAUAGUUUAUUGGACAGUGCCUGAGAAUAUUAGCAAAUAUUAUAAAGAAACUGCACAAAUAUGUUCAAACAAUAGUCGUGUAUAUUGUAGAAUAUAUUUUAGCAUGAAAGAAUAUUUUGCUGUAAAAUUUGUUAUUGAAAAUCAUAGAAUAAUGAACAAUAUGAAUCAUAUCAAGAAACGAUUACUCGAAUAUGAAAAAUUUGUGUCCUAUUGUCUUUCAAUAAAAUGCCGACAUGAAAUCAUUAGUGAAUAUUUUGGAUACAAAAUGCCGUCUUGUAAAAUGAAUUGCGAUGUCUGUAUAAAUGAGGAAAUGGUAACGAUUAGAACAUUUAAAUUCAUUAUGUAUUCAGAAAAAAUGGAAGGAAUCACAUACGGUUGUGAUAUUAAUGAAUUCGUAAAGAAAAAAGAAAUAGAACUAAAUGUUAUAGAAAAAGCAGAAGACAAUUUGAAAAUAGAAAUAUCAGAAAAUUCUAGUAAUAAUAUUAUUGUACAUAAAAAUGAUAAUAUAUUAUGUAAUGAACAAUAUAAAGAUAAGUUAAUGAAAGAAAAACCAUUGUUUAUUGAAAACAUUUUAAUUAAAGAACAAUUAGAAAAAAAUUGUAUUGAAAUUAAUACAAAAUGCGCAAAAGAUAAUUCUAACACGAUAGAGACAAGUAAACUCGCGAUAAUAAAUUCUUUAUUAAAUAAAUACAAUUCAGAUAGAAAAGAGAUAUCUUUAAAACCUUGUUAUUCCCAAGAAAAUAUUUCUAAAUCUUCUAAAUUAAAAGAAAUAAUUAAUAUCAAAACUUAUAAUAAUCAAUAUGAACAAAAAAAUGAAAAUAAAAUGAUAGAAAUUUUAAAAAAUAAAAAUGAAAUAAAGAUAUGUGAAGGAAAAGACCAUAUUUCAAAGCAAAAAUCUUGUGAAAUUAUUAUUGAAAAGAAACAAUCAAAUAAAAGAUCAAGAGAUAUUAUGCAUGCAUGUCUUGAGGAUUACAAUUCAAAAAGAAAAAAAUUGAAACUUGAAAAUAAAUCAACCAUUAAAACAACAAUAAAUAAAGAUGGAGAAAAUGUUUUUGAUUCGUGCAUUGAAUGCAUCAAGGAUGACGUAAAUAUAAACGCGACGUGUAAUCAUGUAACAGUAGAAUAUUUAAUGAAUAAAUUUCAGUUGAAUAGAAAUUCAAUAACGCUAAUACCAAUAAAGAAAUUAAAUUAGAGUGAAUUAAUGUUUUCUUUUUAAUAUAAAAUAAUUUAAUACUAUAUAAAUAAUAUAUGUAAU